AUGUCGAUCAAUAUGAGAUAUAGUUUUAAAGAGGUUUUCUUGUUUGUUUCAGCUGCUAUUCCAUUGAUUGAUCCUGACCACAGGCUACUUCCAAUCCAGUUUGCUGUAGAUCCUGGUAAUGAAGUUCGAUGGGGAAAUGAUGAAAACGAUUCCUGGAUCAUGGCUAAGCUGACAUUAACAGAGAGAGAUAAGCUAGGGUUACUAAAGGAAUAUCUGGACAUCACCGAGAUUCCUAUCCCAUGUGUAAACAGAGAUGGUAUUGCUCAGAUGGUUGAAGAUGAAGCAGCAUUUGAGAAUGGACUUGAGACUCUGAGGGGAGGAGAUUACCACGCUGAUACUGUUGGUGAUGUGAUACUCUUCCAUAAAAACAAAGCGGCUAAACAACUUCAGACUGUAGCCAAACAGUUUGGUAGCAUAGGAAAGAGCAUGGGCAAAAAACUAAAAAAAAACUUUGGCAACAUUGCUCGUAGAAGUAAUUCUUUUAAAGGAGAAACUGGAUCAUUCAGUAAAACUUCCAGUUUAGACAAGAACAGGAGUGCCAUCUGUGACACUCAACCCUCUGGUGGUAACUUUGUUGGAAAUACUAACACUGUGAUAGCAGCAGUACUUCACAUAGAUAAAAGACAUGAAUAUCAGGAAGAAAUGAUUCGCAACUACCUGAAUUCUGCAAGAGCUCGGUUUCUGCACGAGAUGGAGCAGAAAGAAGGAUGUGAUGAGGAAAAAGAUCAGAACACCAUUCAUCAUGUUCAUUGUAUUAAUGCUGGCUGCAUGUCCUAUAGCUCGGUAGCGACAAGUUACCUGUGUCCUUCCUGCUACACCCAUCAGAAACUUCAAGAGACAGAACUUCCUUGUGAUAAUCCAAAGGAACUUGAAAAACCAGUGAUGACUACAGGAAAUUCUUCUUUUUAUGCUGAGAUUGAUCAAUCCAUGAUUGCUUCUCUUGAAAAAGUGCCCUUAGGUGUGAGGUAUCCAACUGCUUUACAACAGGAGUUUCAUCUGGCCAAUUCAGUCUUCUAUGGGACCACAGCUACCCUACCUUUAAAGGAAGAAGAGCAGUUUAUUUCUGAUAAACAGGUUGCAAGUAACCAAGAAGGUCUUGUACAACCAUCAAUUAAAGCUGUUGGAACCAAGUAUGCAACAAUAAGCAUGGGAUGUAUUUCAAAUGUGCAGCCUCGCAAGUAUUUCUGAAGUUUUGCCUCUUAAUUUUGUAGAGCUUCUCUUACUUAAAAGGUAGAUUCUUUCCAAUAAGGAUGUAUAUGUAUUCAAGAAGCUUUAGGAUGGUGAGUGAUGGUAUGUGACUGUAUCUGAUUGAAGGAAAUACAAGGAAAAGAGGUAAGGUUAAGAGUGUUUAUUUCUGUUUUGUGAAAGUGACAGUGGCUGUAAGAUUGCAAGAUUUACAUCAAAAGCUGUAAUGUUGUGUAAUUAAUUACAUUUUUAGUGUAAGUAUUGGUUUUUCUACAUUUGUUUCGGAAAUAUCAUUUAUUUUUAGAAAGUUACUAAAGAACAUUUAUAUUUUACUAUCUUUUUUUUAAAGAAAAUUAUUUUCUCCAGUGUAUAAUAUUUUUAAUUAGGUGGGUUUCAAAUGGACAGUUUUAAUUAUGGGCAGUUAUGUCUGCAGCUACAGUUGUGUGUACUUGGCAUAUGAAAAUCAUAUGUAAAAUGGAGCUGACUGUACUUGUUUUAUAUAUAUAGAAUCCAUAACUGUGACUUAUUUUAAUGCCUGAUAUAACUAUGGUCGUAGGUAGGGAUGUGGCAACAGUAGGUGAUGUCAUCUUGCACAGAAGGAAGGAAUGUUUUUGAUCAAAUGCAUGAAUAAUAAAAAUAAAAACAAAUGAAUUCAAGUUACUUUAGACUUUUAAAAAGACGUGAGAGUGAGGUUGCCUUGUCAUGUCUAAGCCUAAUAAUUUAGCCUAGCAAUCUACAACCAUCACACCACACUAUAUCUAGUUGAAAUUCCAGGAAAAAUAAUGUGUGUAAUAGUGUAUUUUCACCCACAUUUUUAGCUUCGUGAAGUCUUUUAGAAAAGUUUAACUUCUGUGUUAUAUAUGUAUACAAAUAUAUAUCUAUGUGGUGUGAUACUUUGCUGAGAAAACAUGACAUUAUGAUAUAGAGCUGGCUAAAUAAGAUCUGAGAGUAUUUCUAAUAUUUUAGAUCUUGUUUUGCUCCUGAAAUUAAAUUCAGGGUACAAAAAAAUUCAGAUUUUUCACAUUUAAAAAUUUAUUUUACUAAAAACGUUCUGUAUAAGCUACAGAUUUUUUUUUUUAUCACACAUCUUCUUUCUGAUGUAUGAUGGCAACAAUUAAUCAGAAGUUACAGACUAAAGGAACAAAGAAGGAUCAGUAUAUGUUUAUAAGAUGUAAGUAAUUUGUUGAUCACAUCUUUUUUGUUAUUUACUUAUGAACAGUGACAACAGUUAAAAGUUGUAGGCUAGAGCUGGGUUUCCCAAACAUUUUUUAGCUUGAAGACAUCUUGGACCUACCUGAUGAUUUAAUAGAAAUGUUACAAAAUAGCCAAAGUACCUUACUUGGAUUACAAUUUGUUCUUUCAAAAAAAACAAAACAUCGAGCAUAAACAAUGUAUUGUAGUCAUAUUUAUCAUAAUGAAUAAUCUUCUUGCUUAAAAUAUUGUCGUCCAGCGUGAGGGACACUUGACAAUUGCCAAGGCUACCCUGAGAUUAUCUCACUGACCCCUUUUGGUCCACAGAUCCUGACCACUGGUCACAUAUUUCUUUUCUUAUGAUUAAUGACAGCAGUCGUUUAGACUCAUUUUUAUCAUCUUAUAAAUACUUUAUCUUCUAGAUCCUAUUUUAUAAUGCGAAAGUAUUUUCCAGAUAAUUCUGAACACUCAUACAUAAAUAGACUUAUUUCAGAUAAAAAAUACAUUUUAAUAAAUCUAUGUACUGAAUUUAGUAACUUUAAAAGUUUUUUUUCAAAUAAUAUUAAGUAUAAUUAAAUUUUUAAAAAUGUUUUUAUUGUACAUAAAAUUUACAACUGUCUUUCUUUGCCUUUUGAGAAAACUACCCCAAGCUAAUUGUCCAAAAGGAGAAUCCCUGUAAGAAAACUGAAUCGAUUUGUUAAUCACGUGGUACUUAAGCUUUGAAGGCUGCCAAUGAGAGAAGUCGUUUCUGAUUUUAUCUUUAGGCAAAAAAAUGUAUCAUGUUUGAGAUAAGAAAAAGUUUUUUGGAAAGAAAAUAACUUAAAAUAAUUUAUAUGUAAACAUAUGCACAUAUUUUAUGCAUCUAUUUAUUGCAGUGUAACUGUUUUAAAGUAUGAAGAGUAUUGAAACUGUUACUGAUGACAUCUUAUAGCCCAAAUACAUAUAUUGUAAGGAAAAAUAAAGUUUCAUGUGUGAUGUUUGAAUCUCAAUACAUGUAGCUGUCCAGUGAAGUUAAUAGUGAUAGUAAUAUAAUGAUUGAAGCCCAAGUUUACAUUUAAUAUAUAUUUUAAUAGUGAAGAUAAUAACACAAUGUUCGGAGCCCAAGCUUGUGUGAAGCUAAUGAUGGCAAAUAAUAUUUGAUCCAAAGGCUACAUGUGAAAAUUAUGACACUGUUUAAAGCCUGAACUUACACGUAAAUACUUACAGGUGAUGAUGCAUUAUUUCAUCUAUAUCCUGCAUGCAUAAGCCUAUUCCAUUUAUUGAACUAGGGACAGAAUUCACUGCAUAGUAAAAUUGACUCACAUUUUUACUUAUUCUUUGAGUGAUUUCCUGUGAAAAAUUUUCACCUUAGUUGUGACAUUGUACGAAUUCAGUGUUUAAUUUGGAACAGAAGUGGCAGCUUAUGUACUGUGGAAAGAUGGCCAUGUUCUCAACUGGAGCAAAAGUCUUACAAAAUAACUUAAAAAUAAAAUAUCCAAGUGUUAAGUACAAACCUUUGAAUUUUUAUUAGGGUUAAAAAAGUUAAACUAUUGUAAGGGGGAUAAGUUUUUGUUUUCUUAGUCUUUAGUUGGAAGUCGUCAUCAACACUUUUUACCCGAGCUUCAUUGUUAAUAUUGAUCACUAACUCAUUAGUUGGAAAUGUGAUAAUUCUCUUCAAUCAGAAGAUGUUUUUUCAGACAUUCUUUCUUUUUUACCAUUAAACUUGAAUACGAGUUUUAGUUAAUGUUAUUUGUACAAAUUUCGUAGUUAAACUCAGGUUCAAGUCUUUAGCUGUAAGCUUUGAUUUACUACGACAUUACAAUAAAUUUUCAUUAUGAUCACUUGGGGUUUUGUUUCCUUAUGUGGUAUGUAUGACUUUAUUAGGAGUAUCAGAAAAAAGUGUGAAUUAAGCAUGGGCUAACAACUAUAAAAUGGAUGAUAAAGAAGGGGUGACUAUAGAAAUCCUUUAUAUUUUGGUUGGUCACAUAAAAUGUAGGUAAACAUUUAAGAUUUGAUUUGAAACAACAGGCAUGUCUAUGGAAUGUUAACAUGUAUUAUAAUCAUGAUAUCUGGUUAUGCAUUAACUUUGCUGGUUGAAUACGGGUUACACUAAUAUUUUUUUUUGAUUAAACAGAAACAUAACUUGUCAGUGAAAUUUGGUUAUAUUAUUUGUUGAAUGAUGGGUUUUUCUUUAUUAUAAGAUUAGUUUAUUGUACUGUUUAAAAGUAGAGUAAUACAUUAUCAGUGAGAAGUAACAAUCUAAGCACUUUAUUUCCAUAUGCAUAUGUAUCCAUUAAGUUUUAAAUGCUUGUUUUUAUAUAUUAAUUAAUUGACAAUAUAAUUUACAGGAACUCAACCCAAUUACACAGUUGUCACACAAUCCAGAAGUCAGCUGUAAAUUUCUCACAAUUGUUACAUAACCCAGUAGUCAGCUGUAAA